UUUAAUUGGUUGGGUCCAAAAUAGCCACCCUAACGUGAGCUUGGGAAUUCGACGGCGAUCUCCAGGCCUCGCGCCCUAGCAAAAUCCUUCUCACUCUGCCGACGGAGGAGGCCUGAAACGCAUCGCUCCAUCCUUCGACCCUUUUGCUGCCCUGCGCUGGCUGAACAGCUACGCGGCGAGAUGGGAUACACAAAAGACCAGCUGCUUGCUCGCCUACAAGAACUUCAGAUUGAUUUCAUUUGCUAUGAUCAUCCUGCUGUAUUGACAGUUGAAGCACAGGCAAAGCAUGUUGCUCAUUUGGGAGGUGCAUUAAGUAAAAAUUUGCUGUUAAAGGACAAGAAGCAUAGGUUUUAUGUUGUUUCAGCUCUCGCGGGAACAAAUAUUGACAUGAAAGUUUUGUCCCAACGGCUUGGGUUGGGAAAAGGAGGUUUGCGAAUGGCUCCUGAAGAAGCUUUGCAAGAAAUACUUCAGGUGCCAGUGGGAUGUGUUACUCCAUUUGCAUUAAUUAAUGAUUCUGCAAGUGCUGUUUCGUUGUUGUUGGAUCAAGGUUUCCAAGCUCAAAAGUGCUGCUACUUUCACCCUCUCACAAAUGAGACAACUAUUUCUCUCAGUGCAAGUGACCUCAACAAGUUUCUGACUUCAAUUGGAAGACAGCCAACUUAUGUAGACUUGGAGGCUUCUCCAUUGGUAGGAAAGGACAGUCCACCUGAUCUUGCAUCUUUUGUUCCAUCCGGAGUUCCUACUUUGACAGGAGAAACAAAUAAGGCAGUUCCUGCUCAAAAUGAUGUAUCCAAGGAGAAAUCAACAGAUCAUGCAGGACAAGCUAGUAGUCGGCUGGAUCUUCAGAAAAAUGCAGUGGAAAAGACUCAAAACAGAGUAGACCCACUGGCUGAAGCUUCUGAUGUAGGAAAAUUUGUGAAGGAAAUUAUAGAUAAAAUAUCUACAGCCUACUUAUCAGAGGUGUCUAAGGAUUCAAAUGUUCAACAGAUGGAACUUCCUGGACAUUCAGUAUUGGAUGGAAUCAGAAAGCGGGUUGUGUCUGAUUUGGAGAACAUGACUCCUUGGUGCAAUGGCAAAGUUGCUUUAUUGUGACCUAAAGGUCAUGGGCUCAAAAUACGGAAAAAGCCUCUCUGCAAAUGGAGGUAAAGCUGCAUACAUUUGAACCCCUCGAACUCCACACUGACAGGAGCCUUGUGAGCUGCCUUCUAGUUUCUUUUUGCAUGUGUUUUAAUAUAUGUAGAAUACAAAUGACUUCAGCCUCUGGCCUAUGAAAUUAUACCUUGGGAACAGUAAAGUGAUCUCCAUAUACAUAAUUUAUAAUAUUUGGAGAGCUAUGAUACAAAUAGGGUGGAAUGAGAGAAUUUUGUACAUACUGCCUAAGGACGUUGAAUAUCUCUGUUCCUGGUAAUUUUUCAUAUAUACUGGAAUAAAGAUAAGGGUAUUUUUGCCAUUUGAUUAACCGGUAAAUGAACCAGAAAAGAACAUGGCAAAAUACUAACGCAUACAAUGCCUGGUUAAGUUACAGCAAUACUCUCUUUCUUUCAAGUACAUAGGAAUAAAGGAUGCUGUAUUUGGGGUCAGGAUCCUUUCUGGUUUGUAAAAUGAACUGUAAAGUCUAGUUCAAUCACGACCUUCUGUAACAGCAAUCAACAGCGUGUGCUUGAAAAGAGAGAGACAUAUAGUUGUAGGCAGGUCCCAUCAUAUUUACCUGCCUUGUUCAAUCACCCAAUGCUUACUGAUCCAUGGAUGAUGAUGGUGGGAGAUUUUAUUGGACUCUUUAGUUCUUGAAAGAAUCUAAACUGGGGUAGUAGUGUCAACAUAGAGGGAAAAUCAAUUGUUCAUGGCAUAAUUAUACAUAUCUGCUAUUUGGAAAUUUGUUUGGGAGAGGAAGUUUAAUAUUCAGGUAAACUAUAAACAUUGGCCGAAAGUGAUGUGAGAAUUUAAAAAUAUGGAUUUUAAGAUAAAAAUAGUUUAUGUUAGGUCGUACAUGAACUGCAAACAUGGGAAAAAGCCAAGUACAUCAACAAGUAGCAUUAUUAGUUUAAUAAUUCUUGGCUAUUUCAUGAAGGAACCAUGGGAUGCUGUGUAAUGUCUGUAAUUAUUAAAAUUUUCCAAUUGUUUGGCGAUAAUAAUUUAAUUCAAGAAGUUAAAGUAGUUCAUAUGAUGUUGUAACUGGAGUCAUGGAUGAUACUUGCAUGUAACUAGAAAGGAAAACACACCCAGAAUGCACAUCCAAUAUUGAACUGCAUAAUCUGUUGGAUCUCAAUCUAUAGAGCCAACCUUGUUGAGUAUGUAACUGAUGGUGAGCCUCACAUAGUAACCACCAUAUGUAAACUAUGAAAAAUGCAACUCAUGAACACCACAUUUUCCCUUUCUUUU